GUGAGGCUUUUUCUACAGUACUCACCACAGAGACCUGACACAGUCUCCACGACAGCUUCACUUUGGACUUCUCGGGAUUACUUGAAAAUGUUUACGGGUCCUUCCACACACAAGAACUGAGAGAACUAAGUUACCCAAUCAUGAGAAACCAACUGAUUGAUCCACGGGACUGAAGACAACAGAAGAGCCUAACUUUUUUAUUACGGUUCAUGCUGUAAUAUUACGUGGAAUUACAAAGUGUGUCGUCUUGUGGGACGGUUUUGUUGUUGUUGGGGUUUUUUUUUUUUUUUUUUUUUUUUUUUACAAAACCGCUGAGGAAAAAAAAAAAAAAACACAAGGGUAUUUUAAUACACGGUUAGUCUCCGGUCACUUUCUUACGAGUUACAACUUUAUUUGGGGAUGUUGAGCUCCGUGAAGAUGGAAUCACAUGAAAUUCCGGAAUGGAAUGCUUUCUACAGUGAGGCAAGCGAGAUGUAUUCCUCUCCGAGCGCCAUGAACUCAGUGAGCAGCUUGAACAGCUACAUAAAUCUGAACUCAGCCUGUUCCACAUCCAGCAUGAAUAUGGGCUAUCCCAGCACAGCUCUCAACAGCAGCCCAUUGAGCGGCAUGGGUGGAGGCCCUAACCACAUGAGCCUGUCCCCCUCCUCUCUGAACCCCAGUUCUCUGACCCAGCUGGGCUCUUCAGCCUCCUCGCUGGGUCCCCUCUCGCAUUACCAAAGCAUGGGUCAGCCCAUGUCCCAGAUCAGCUAUCCCUCUCCUACCUCUCUUAACCGGACUAAGGAGAUGCCGAAGCCCUACCGUCGCUCUCUGACCCACGCCAAGCCACCAUACUCCUACAUAUCCCUCAUCACGAUGGCGAUCCAGCAGUCCAACAGCAAGAUGCUAACCCUCAACGAAAUCUACCAGUGGAUCAUGGAUCUGUUCCCAUACUACCGCGAGAACCAGCAGCGCUGGCAGAACUCCAUCCGCCACUCUCUGUCCUUCAACGACUGCUUCGUCAAAGUGGCACGUUCGCCCGACAAGCCCGGCAAGGGCUCCUACUGGGCAUUGCAUCCCAAUUCUGGGAACAUGUUCGAGAACGGCUGCUACCUGCGUCGCCAGAAGCGCUUCAAGAUCGAGGAAAAAAACGGUAAAAAGAGCUCGACCAAGUCCCAGGAGGGUGGCGGUGCCGCCAAAGGCGGCCACAGCGGUGAGGGCAUGCAGGAGGAGCACAGUCCCGCCACCGGCUCCGAAGGUGCCGACUCUGCCCAUUCCGACAGCUCCCAUGCCGGAUCAGCCUCGGAGGAGCAGCAGAGGAGCCUGGUGCAGCUGGACUGCCCCUCUCAAGCGCCCAACCUUUCACACAGCUCGCCAGUGCCGAUCCCAUCUUCGGUGUCCUCCUCCAUGCCCCUGUCUGGCUCGCACCUGCACUCUCAGGGCAUGGGCGGCAGCCCUCACCUGUUGGCCAGUCCAAUGCAGCAUCUGGACCCGCAGAACGACCCUCUGAAGUCCAUGGACCCACACUACAAUUUCAACCAUCCGUUCUCCAUCACCAAUCUCAUGUCCAACGAGCAGAAGAUGGACCUCAAGUCGUACCAGGACCAGGUGAUGGCUUACAACAGCUACACCACAUCUUCUCCCAUGGCCGCCAAACAGAUCUAUGACACUGCUGGUCCAUCCGCCAUUGACUCUGGUGCGUAUUACCAGACCCUCUACAGCAGGUCUGUCCUCAAUGCAUCCUAAUGUGCUUACCAGCCAUUUGAACUCUACAGACUCUUAAUGGCAGGACAUCUUCAACUCAGAGCUUGCUUUGCCAUCAAUAUGUUUCCUGCACUCUUAAAAAUAAAGGGGGUGAUUUCAUAUAAGCAGUGUUGGGAGUAACGCAUUACAAGUAACUUGAGUUAUGUACGUAAUCAGAUUACUUUUUUCAAGUAACUAGUGAUGUAACGCAUUACUUUCCAUAAAAGGUAACUAAGUAAUGCAAUUAGUUACUUUUUUAGGGAGUAACGCAACAUUGUAAUGCAUUACUUUUAAAAGUAACACUGCAUAUAAGAAACAUUUUUGUUCCCCAAAGAACCUUUCAAUGAACAGUUUUUAAAAGAACCAUUUUUUCUUAGUGUGAAGAACAUGUUAAAAGAACCCUUUUUCUACUAAAGAACCUUUUGUGCAAUGAAAGGGUUCCAUGGAUGUUGAAGGUUCUUUUUUGGAACCCUAGAUGCCAAUAAGAACCUUUAUUUUUAAGAGUGAUGCUGAGAAAAAUGCUUUUACCAGAACCAAGGGACGGGUUCCAAUGCUAUUUUACAGAAACUAAUUUAAUUAACAUAUAUUCAGGAACUAAACGUUUUUGGUUUUUGGAUGUAACACAGAAGAUGUAUACAAAUGAUGCCAUGUGUAUAUACUGUUUUGGGGAAGCAGGAGUUAGGCAUUUAUUUAUGAAGGGAAGAAUUUAAUAUAUCUUGUGCGAUUUUGUGUUGUGAAGUUACGUAAACAAUGUGACAAUAAGAGGACAUGAGCAUGAUUGAGUUCAGGUUACUGCUGUGAGCAGGUGUUACUGUGUUACAGGGAAACUCUCCUGUUUUGUGUUACGGCAUAACGCAUGUUCAUUUGAAGUGCACUAACAUACAGUGCACAUGUAAGGAGAGUGUGUAUCAUUAUGCUUGUCCCUCAGAGAAGCUGAAGAAUUACUUUUUUUUACACUUGGCCAUGAAGUCGUUUUGUAUAUUCUGAAGAAUUUUGUGUUAAGUAUAUAUAUAUAUAUAUAUAAAGAGAUAAAAGUUUGACAAAGAUGGAUUAAACUGUGGUAAAUCCAGCUUAUUUGUUUUUCAGACUUCCCUUUUUAGAGUAAGAUUCAUGAAAAAGAUGUCAAAGACCUUUCACUGUUAUUCCAGUGUGCCAAUGCUCAGCUUCGGCUCUUACUUAGAUCAGCAGACAAUGCACUAAGGGCCAUUUCCAUACAAUACUUUGCACUAGUGACCUCUCUGUUCUUCACUGUUGGGGAGGGGUGGGAUUGUUUUGUUACAAAAAUGCUUUUGUAACUACCUUUUUAUCAGAAAAUUAUACAGACCCUAACGAAAUUGCCAUGAUGUAUUUUUGUAAGAUCUUGUCAUUUUAAAAUCUCCCUCAGAGGUCUUAAAGCAGUUUUAAUAAUAAAAACUUUGUCUCAAGCCAUCAUGUCAUUCAUAAACAAAUUUCUUGCAAGUCUUGUAAGAAAGCAGGUCAGAAUUGAUGUUCUUGUACUGUUUAGUUUUAUUUAAACCCAGCUUUUUGUCCAUUGGGCUUAGAAGAUAAGUGUCUUAAUAUAUAUAUAUAUAUAUAUAUAUUGCUUUAUUUGGUUGAUCGUUUCAUGGUAUGUUCUUAAUGUUUGUUAUGUUCUCUUCUUAUUAAAAAAAAAACUUCUCA